GAGAGAGAGAGAGAGGGGAGUGGGGGUAGGUGGGUGAGAGAGAUUUCACAGCACUUUGUACGCCGAAAGCGUCGCACAUCAUUGGUGUACCGUACGAGGACAACGCUGCAUGUUUUCAUCCCUAAGUACUUUACUGGACUGUAUUGGACCUGAUUGACUGUUUAAGACUUCUGGACAACUCCUCUGAUUCAUUCUGUCUCUAUCUCUUGGAUUGCUGCCAAAACACUUGCUGCAGAGCUUUAAAAAGAAAAAAAGAUGCUCAUCGGACGCAAAUCGUUUUGGAGGCAGUUUCAGGCUUCUUUUUUCAGACUGUUAUGUCUCAUUCCUACAGGAUUCCCCGUCCGGAGUGUGGACAUGCAGCGGGCCACCGACAACAUCACGGUCCGCCAGGGUGACACGGCCAUUAUAAGGUGUUAUGUUGAUGACAAAACCUCCAAGGUGGCCUGGCUCAAUCGAUCCAACAUUAUCUUUGCCGGUGAGGACAAGUGGUCUCUGGACCCCAGAGUCGAUCUAGUUACCAAAGGACAACUUGAGUACAGCCUACGCAUACAGAAGGUGGAUGUUUAUGACGAAGGGUCGUACACUUGCUCCAUACAGACAAAGCAGCGGCCUCGGCCCUCACUGGUCUACCUCAUUGUGCAAGUCCCAGCAAACAUCUACAAGAUGUCAGAAGACAUGAUAGUGAACGAGGGCAGCAAUGUUACACUCAGCUGCUUGGCUAGCGGCAGGCCGGACCCGCUAAUUACUUGGCGGCUGCUCAACCCCUCAGCCGAGCCGCUUGAUGGAGAGGAGUACUUGGACAUCAUUGGUAUAAUGCGAACCCAAGCAGGUCGCUACGAAUGCAAGGCCAGCAAUGAUGUCGCCACGCCUGACGUCAAAUAUGUCAAUGUGAUUGUCAACUACCCGCCAACCAUAAAGAAAACCCAGAGCUUGGAGGCCCAGCUUGGCGGCAUAGGGACGCUGGGGUGUGAAGCCAACGCUGUGCCCACACCGGAAUUUGAAUGGUACAGGGACGAAAAAAGGCUGUCCAAUUCUGAGGCCUUCAAUAUCCAAGUACUUGGCACUUAUACUAUUCUCACCAUUUCAAGUGUUACUGAAGAGGAUUAUGGGAAAUAUACUUGUGUGGCCUCUAACCGACUGGGUGUCCAAAAUUCCAGUGUCUUCCUCUACAGACCUGGAACCGGCCGAGAUAUCAGCGGCGCCGCUUCCGUAUCUCAAUCACUGUGGCUCCUCAUGACCUCCAUCGUCUGCCUUUUCAUCAAGUGUUAAUACCUCUCCUCUUCUUCUUCCUCCCACUUGGCCUUUGACCUUCCCCAUUCACCUCCUCUCCUACUCGCCGACAUCCUUAUUGCUACACCGACCUUACCGCCUCCAGACUAUUUGCAUCGUUACGAACACCUUACGUGCUGUCAAGCACUGCUUGCAAAUAUUAUGCCAAGCGUCUGGUAAUGAAUAUGACACCAUAGACGUGAAAAAAAAAAAAAAAAAACAUGUGAAGGACAGAAUCAGCAAACAGUGCUCUUUUAAUGAAUUGUGUUGCUUUUUUUAAUACGUACGCAUUUUUUUGUUUCUGCUUUUAUGCGGCUGGUUUAGAAUUUGGUGUAUUUGUGUCUUUGUGGAAUAACAUAAAGAUAUUCCAUUUACGAGGAUGCCAACAGUCUCUUGAAGAACUUCAGCGUUCCGGAUUUUGCUUAUUCAGUGCAAUAAUAUAAAUUGGAAUAAUCUGCCAAAUUUUACAUGAUGAGAUAGGAUCAAAUAUUCUAGCUGCAGUAUUCGUGUAGUCAAGUAAACUUUAUUCAGAGUAUAAAUUGAUCUCGUGAUGAAUACGAUCAUCAAUCUUUUGUGACGUCGCUACCUUUUUUUUUCCACCAACACCAUUUUUUGUUCUAAAUCUCUCACAGCCUAUUCUCAUGAGAAUUGAGUAGGAUGUCACGUCAGAUAAAAUGCCAGGCAAGCAAAUAUUUGAUCUGACUCUUCCGAGAUGUUUCCAGCAGUUGGGGAAAAAAAAAAUUGAAAGUAAAUACAGUCAAAUUUGUUUUGGUGCCUGAAAAUGCAAACAUUUUGAAAGGUAUCCAAGUUUUUGAACGUUUAUUUUCAUCACAUAAGCGCAAAACAUGUCAGACUGUGAAAACGGAAGGCGUUCAUGUGUGCUUAAGUAUUUCAUGACCAAAAUUAAAAAUGGUGCUGGUCAAAAACAUGUACUUGCAGCUCUGAUUUGUUGCCACUGAUAUACUUUGAGCAUAACUUCAGCUGGCAACGGAGAAUGAAUCAUUUGAGUUCAAGCAAAUUAUUCGAUUUUUUUGUUUUGUUUUGUUUACAGUGGGCAGUGGAAUGUCUCUUCCGGCUUGUAAGAAUUCAAAAUGAGAGCAGCACCAUUGAAUGUUUAUUCACAUCAUGCUAUUGCAUCAUCACGUCCCCUCUACACAACAGCUAAAAUACGAAAAACAUGUCUGUGCUUACACGGGUGACGUUGUUUCUUCAUUUCACCGAACCUCAAGUCACUUGCAUGCUGUUUGGUCACAUUUCCACUGUUGUGACAACUCAAAGUAAAGUACUGUAAAACAUUUGUGUAUUUACACUGACUUGAUAGUGAGUGGGGCGUGUAAAGCUGUUUGCUCCUGUUUUGAUUUCAAACUAUGAGUUUGUUCUAUACAAAAAACAUUUCAAUGAUACUUCACACUUGUAAGUGGAAAAAAAAAAGAACAAUAGACAUCUCCGAAAGAAUGUUUAUUGUUUUAAA